AUGACUCACGUAGGUUACUUCGUUAGGAUCAGAAAAGAUGACAUAGCUGCUGACGUACAAACACACACAAAACAAACAAUGGUAUUUUUUCUUAUCAUAUUCUCGAUAAUAAUUCCAUUAAUAAUUUAUUAUAUAUUUUUAAAAAAAUGUGUGGAUGAUCUAUUAAAUUCUGUACCAAAUGAACCAAAAUGUAUCGAUAGUUUUCUAUCGAUAUUUGGUUUUAGUAUAACAUUUCUAAAAAAUCCAUCAGAUUUUAUUCAAUUAUUAUAUCGAAAAUAUGGUAAAUUAUUUACUGUACAUUUAUUUAAUAGGCGUUAUGUGUUUUUAUAUGAUGAAGAAACAUUCAUAAAAACAUUGAUAAAAGAUCCAAAAUUAACAAUGGAGUUUUUGGAUGAAUUAGUUUACAAGGAUGGUUUUGGUAUGGACUGGACUAAAAUAAGAAAAACAGAUAUACAACAUGAAAUGUUAAAACAAUAUCAUCAAUUUUUAAUGGGUAAUGAAUUAGAAAAUUUAAAUCAGUCAAUUUUUGAUUCUUUAUUGGAACAUAUAAAAGAAGAUAAUAAAAAAAAUCUUCAAUCAUCUGUAUCAACAGUUACCGUUAAUUUAUUCGAUUUUAUGAGUGAAUUAAUGUUUUAUGCUGGUACAACAACAUUGUAUGGUAAAACAUUUGUUAAUGAACAACGAAUAAAUUUUUAUCAAUCAUAUUUAAAUUUCAAUAAAGCAUUUCCUAUAUGUUUAAUGCAAAUACCAUUUAAAUCAUUAUUUUUAUAUUCAUCUAUUAAAAAACGUGAUGAAUAUAUUAAACGAUUUGAAAAUUUAAAAAUAAAUCAAGAUCAAUCCAGAUUAAUACAAGAAAGAAUUGAAUUAUUUACAUCGGAUGAAUAUAAACAUUUAUUAACUAAACAUGAUAUUGGUUCAUUUCAUGGUAUUUUAUUAUUUGCUGCUAUAGUUAAUACUGUACCAAAUGCUUGUUGGUCAUUAAUUGAUAUAUUAUUACAUCCAGAAGCAUUAUAUGCUGUUAAAAAUGAAUUAAAUACGAUUGAUUUAAGUCGAUUAUUUGAAAGAGAAACAUUAAAUAAAUUACAAAUACUAGAUAGCUGUAUUAAUGAAACAUUAAGACGAACAUUUAUGGGAUUAACACAACGACAAGCAUCAGAAAAUGUAUCAUUAACUUGUAAUGAUGGUACAAUAAUUGGUUUGCGUAAAAAUGAUUUGUUAACGUAUCCGUCAUUAAUAAAACAUCUUGAUCCUCAAUUAUUUCCUCAACCCUAUACAUUUCAAUAUGAUCGAUUUAUUAAACAACAAGAAAAGAAAACAGUACCAUCAAUAAUGAUAUUCGGUUGUGGUAAACGAAUGUGUCCUGGACGUUAUUGGGCUAUAAAUGAAAUAAAAAUGUUAGUAGCACUUGUUUUAACACAAAUGAAUGUUGAAUUAUUAAUGGAUGAUUGGUAUAAAAAGAAAUUAUGUGAAAGACUUGAAUAUGAAUAUACCGGAUUAUUAACAAAUGGUGGUCCAAAAAAGAAAUAUUGUGAACAAUUUCGAAUUAAAUAUUCAUAUAAAUAG